AUGGCACUGGAAGCUGAAGUAACUGUAUCGGUGGUGUUUGGCAUAUUCAUGGCGAUCGUCGCCCUGAUAGCCUUGUGGCAGGUGGCAUUCUAUGCUGCUCGAGCCGUCAGAAGCUACGUUCAGAAAGCUGACUUUGACGGAGCCCAGCAAUCUCGAUCCGAUCACUUCGAGCUCGAAGCAUGA